CAUAAGUUAAAAGCAACAUUGAAAGGACAGUUGGGAUCAUGGACGAGGAACAAGUGGUUCACAGGUUUAUAAAACCUGGCAGUCACAGGGGAAAGGGACUCGCAGUAUUUACGAGUGGUGGUGAUUCUCAAGGUAUGAACGCAGCGGUUCGUGCAGUUGUACGCAUGAGCAUUUAUCUUGGUUGUAAAGUCUUUUUUAUCAGAGAGGGUUACCAAGGAAUGGUAGAUGGCGAUGAAAAUUUUGUCGAGGCCAGUUGGUCGUCAGUCUCUUGCAUCAUCCAUCGGGGUGGUACGGUCAUUGGUUCAGCACGUUCUAUGGAUUUCAAAGAGCGCGAAGGAAGAAAGAAGGCAGCUAAGAAUUUGGUUAAACGUGGUAUAUCUAAUUUGUGCGUCAUCGGAGGGGACGGUUCUCUCACUGGUGCCAAUCUUUUCAAGGAGGAAUGGUCCGAUCUGUUGCAAGAACUGCUCAAAGAAGGUGAGAUCACGAGCGACGAGUGUAUAAACUAUCAACAGCUGCAUAUCGUCGGUAUGGUUGGCUCGAUCGAUAAUGAUUUUUGCGGCACCGACAUGACGAUUGGCACUGAUACAGCAUUACACAGGAUCAUCGAGAGCAUCGAUGCCAUCGUCAGUACAGCCUAUUCGCAUCAGCGCACCUUUAUUAUGGAAGUCAUGGGUCGCCAUUGCGGGUACCUGGCUAUCGUGAGUGCCUUAGCCGCGGGGGCGGAUUAUGUGUUCUGCCCGGAAUGUCCACCUCCCAUCGACUGGCCUGAGAGACUUUGCAAAAAGUUGAAGCAGGAACGUUUGACCGGGCAACGUUUAAACAUCAUUAUUAUGGCGGAAGGUGCCGUGGACAGAAAUGGCGAUCCCAUCACUGCGGAGAAGGUCCGCGAGGUCGUGGUGGAUAAGCUCCAGCAGGACACGAGGAUCACGGUGCUGGGUCACGUUCAGAGAGGUGGCAAUCCUUCGGCCUUCGAUCGUGUCCUCGGCUGUCGAAUGGGCGCGGAAGCCGUGAUGGCAUUGGUGGAAGCCACACCGGAAACGGAAGCCUGCGUAGUUACAUUGGAUGGUAAUCAGGCUGUACGAUUGCCACUGAUGGAAUGUGUGCGACGAACGAAAGCCGUUGCGCAAGCCAUGGCCGAUAAAAAUUGGGAUCUUGCGGUGCAGCUUCGUGGAAAGGGUUUCGUACGGAAUUUGAAUACCUAUAAAAUGUUGACGCGCUUGAAGGCUCCUGUCGAGGCUGGCACAAUCAAGGAGGGAGAUCAUCCCGUAUUAACUAAGCAAUACACGAUGUGCGGUCAAGAUCAUUAUACGUUAGCGGUGAUGCACGUUGGAUCGCCCUCCUGUGGUAUGAAUGCGGCUGUUCGUUCUUUCGUGAGGAAUUGCAUUUACCGAGGAGAUAAGGUAUACGGUAUCAUGGAUGGAGUUCCCGGGCUGGCAAAUGGAAAAUUCAGGUUUAUGGAUUGGCCGUCGGUGACCGGAUGGGUUGGCCAGGGUGGCGCUUACCUCGGUACGAAAAGAGCCCCACCAAAGGACGAACAACUACCUCAAAUAGCGCAAAAGUUAAAACAAUUCGGAAUUCAGGCUCUGCUAAUUAUCGGAGGUUUCGAGGGAUUCCAAACUGCCCUUAGUUUCUACAAUGCGAGAGAUCAGUUUCCCGAGUUUCGUAUUCCGAUUGCCAUGAUUCCUGCCACUAUUAGUAACAAUGUUCCUGGAACAGAGUUUUCUUUGGGUUGCGAUACAGCGUUAAAUGAAAUAACAGAGAUUUGCGAUCGCAUUCGACAAUCGGCUCAAGGAACCAAACGACGAGUGUUCAUAAUCGAGACUAUGGGCGGCUUCUGCGGUUACCUCGCGACCCUCGCUGGCCUUGCAGGUGGUGCCGACGCCGCUUACAUCUUCGAGGAGAAGUUCAACAUUAAGGAUCUCAAUCAGGACAUAAUAGCCAUGGCGGCGAAGAUGUCGGAGGGUGUGCAGCGCGGCCUUAUUCUGCGCAAUGAAAGCGCCAACUCGAACUAUAACACCGAGUUCAUGCAACGGUUGUUCAGCGAGGAGGGCAAGGGCUUGUUCAGCUGUAGAAUGAACAUUAUCGGGCAUAUGCAGCAGGGUGGAUCACCCACCCCCUUCGAUCGCAAUUUGGGUACGAAAAUGGCAGCGAAGAGUGUGGAAUGGUUUACCGAACAGCUAAAGAAAAAUACGAUGGCCGAUGGGCAAACGAUUUCGAAUACGCCGGAAAGUGCCGUUAUGCUGGGUAUCGUAAGACGUCAAUACAGAUACACACCUUUUGCCAAGCUAAUUGACAAUACCGAUUUCGAGCACAGAAUCCCGAAUUAUCAGUGGUGGAUGAAGUUGCGUCCAUUGCUGAAAGUUUUGGCGAAACACGAGUCGACGUACGAGGAAGAGGGUCUGUACAUUACGGUCGAAGACAUGGACAAUGACAAUGGCGCUCCACUGGUUUAAUUCCAAUUCGAUCCACCAAGUUUCCUACGCAGUAUUCCGUUUUCACUCUCUCUCUCUCUCUCUCUCUCUUUCUCUCUCUCUCUCU